AUGGCGCUCCUGACCAUCCCUCCCCGCGGCCGCCUCGCCCUCCUCCCGCUCCUCCUCUCCAUCGUCCUCCUCGCGCGCCCCGCCGCCGGCGCCGGCACCGGCUCGGAGUUCGACGACGGCACCUCGCCCAAGUUCCCCGGCUGCGAUAACACGCUCCAGAAGGUGAAAGUGACGUACUGGGUGGACGGCGACGAGCGGAGCAGCCUGACGGGGAUCAGCGCGAGGUUCGGCGCGGUCCUGCCGGACGCGGCGUCGGACGACCAGAAGCAGCGGGCCGUCGUGCCCAGCCCCAAGACCGGCUGCGCCAAGUCGUCCGCGCAGCUCGCCGGCUCCGUCGCCGUGGCGGUGCGCGGGGAGUGCACGUUCAUCGAGAAGGCUAAGGCGGCCGAGGCCGGUGGCGCCGUGGCGCUGCUCCUCGUCAACGACGAGGACGACCUGCAGAGGAUGGUCUGCUCCGACAAGGACCCACCUCCCAACAUCGGCAUCCCCGUCGUCAUGGUGGCCAAGUCCGCCGGCGACAAGGUCCAGUCGGCCAUCGGGGACGGGGCCAAGGUCGACAUUCUCAUGUACGCGCCACUGAAACCGUCCUUCGAUGGCGCCAUACCUUUCCUAUGGAUGAUGGCCGUCGGCACGGUGGCCUGCGCCUCCGUGUGGACCGUCGCCGUCGUCGGAGAAGAGCCUACCAAGCAGGGCGAUGUUUCCCUGGGUGGGGAGGAGAACCCGGACGCCGAGGUCGUGGAGCUGCAAACCAAGACGGCGCUCGUGUUCAUCAUCACGUCCUCGCUUGUCCUGCUCUUCCUCUUCUUCUUCAACUCCAGCUGGUCCGCCUGGCUCCUGGUUUUCCUCUUCUGCCUCGGGGGUGUCCAGGGAAUGGAAUACGUGGCAUCAUCUCUGAUUGUAAGACUCUGCCAGCGGUGUCGCGAGGCGAAAGCGAAGCUUCCUGCUCUAGGGAACGUGAAGGUGGUCACGCUAGUCAUCUUGCCGCUAGCCUUCAUCUUCGCCUUGGCCUGGGCCACACACCAGAACUCACCGCUUGCUUGGGUUGGUCAGAACCUCAUGGGCAUCUGCAUGAUGAUUCUAGUAUUGCAAGUGGUGCAUAUGCCAAACAUAAAAGUUGCGACGGCGCUCCUUGUCGCGGCUUUUUUCUACGACAUAUUCUGGGUCUUCAUAUCACCCCUUAUAUUCAAGAAAAGCGUCAUGAUCACAGUUGCUCGUGGCAGUGAUGAUGGGCCGAGCCUUCCCAUGGUACUGAAGAUGCCAAAGGAGUUCGAUUCGUGGAAUGGGUAUGACAUGAUUGGAUUCGGGGACAUUCUCUUCCCAGGACUGCUUGUUGCUUUCAGUUUCAGAUUUGACAGAACACACGGCAAAGACUUGACAGACGGCUAUUUCCUCUGCCUAAUGAUUGGUUAUGCCUUCGGCUUGUCAUGCACAUAUGUUGGCUUGUACCUAAUGAACAGUGGCCAGCCAGCUCUGCUCUACCUUGUUCCUUCAACACUAGGAGUUAUCGUCUUGCUUGGAGCGAAGAGGGGGGAGCUCAGUCAGCUCUGGAACGCCAAGGCGUAG